CCGCCGCCGCCGCCGCCGCCGCCGCCGCCGCCGCCCGGGUGCCGCCCGCCCCCCGCCGCCGCUGAGCCUGGCCCGCCGCCGCGGCCUCCCCCGGCGGCGGCGCCCGCCCCGGGCUGCCGCAGCGCCGCGAUGGAGACGGCGGAGAAGGAGUGCGGAGCCCUCGGCGGCCUCUUCCAAGCCAUCAUCAACGAUAUGAAGAGCUCCUACCCCAUCUGGGAGGAUUUCAACUCAAAGGCCACCAAGCUGCACUCGCAGCUCAGGACCACGGUGCUGGCUGCAGUUGCCUUCCUGGAUGCCUUCCAGAAAGUGGCCGACAUGGCCACCAACACCCGAGGUGCCACGAGGGACAUUGGCUCUGCACUGACCCGCAUGUGCAUGCGGCACCGCAGCAUCGAGGCCAAACUCCGGCAGUUCACCAAUGCCCUCAUGGAAAGCCUGAUAAACCCUUUGCAGGACAGGAUUGAGGACUGGAAAAAAACUGCCAACCAGCUCGACAAGGACCAUGCAAAAGAGUACAAGCGAGCCCGCCAUGAGAUCAAGAAGAAAUCCUCUGAUACCCUCAAGCUCCAGAAAAAGGCUCGCAAAGGGAAGGGGGACCUGCAGCCCCAGCUGGACAAUGCGCUGCAGGAUGUCAAUGACAUGUACCUGCUGCUGGAGGAGACAGAGAAGCAGGCAGUGCGCAAAGCCCUCAUCGAGGAGCGAGGUCGCUUCUGCACCUUCAUCACCUUCCUGCAGCCCGUGGUGAAUGGAGAGCUCACCAUGCUGGGAGAGAUCACCCACCUGCAGGGCAUCAUUGAGGACCUGGUGGUACUCACUGCUGAGCCCCACAAGCUGCCCCCUGCCAGCGAGCAGGUGAUCAAGGACCUGAAAGGCUCUGACUACAGCUGGUCCUACCAGACCCCACCGUCCUCACCUAGCAGCUCCAGCUCCCGCAAGUCCAGCAUGUGCAGCAGCGUUAGCAGUGCCAAGGGUGGCAUGGCGUGGCCUGGCGGGGCUCAGACCUGCUCACCCAGUUCCACCUAUCGCUACCGCAGCCUGGUGCAGCCCCCCACCACCACCACCCGCCUCUCCAGCGUCUCCUCCCAUGACUCUGGCUUCAUCUCCCAGGAUGCUGCUUACUCCAAACCGCCUUCCCCCAUGCCCUCAGACAUCACCAGCCAGAAGUCCUCCAGCUCAGCAUCCUCGGAGGCCUCCGAAACCUGCCAGUCGGUUAGCGAGUGCAGCUCCCCAACCUCGGACUGGUCCAAGGCCAGCCCAUACGACCAGCCGGUGGUCCCCACCCUGCAGCGGCGCAAGGACCGCGUGGAGCACCUGCGGGAAGCCGAGAUGGGCUCACCCGCCGGCGGGUACCCAGGCAUCAGCAGCGAGGAUGCUCCCAGGCCCCGGAUGUCACCAGCUACAAUUGCUGCGAAGCACGGGGAGGAGGUGUCCCCUGCUGCCAGUGACCUGGCCAUGGUCUUGACCCGGGGGCUGAGCCUGGAGCACCAGAAGAGUAGCCGGGACUCGCUGCAGUACUCCAGCGGCUACAGCACACAGACCACCACACCCUCCUGCUCCGAGGACACCAUCCCUUCCCAAGGCUCUGACUACGACUGCUACUCAGUGAACGGUGAUGUGGAGUGUGACCCCCAGAGCGACUUCGACAAGUCCUCCACCAUCCCACGCAACAGCAACAUUGCCCAGAACUACCGGCGGAUGAUCCAGACCAAGCGUCCCGCCUCCACUGCUGGGCUGCCCACUGGCACCAACCUACCAGCCGGCACAACCCCAGGGGUAGCCACCAUCCGCCGCACGCCCUCCACCAAACCCUCGGUCCGCCGUACCCUCUCCAAUGCUGGUCCCAUCCCCAUCCGACCCCCCAUUGUCCCCGUGAAGACCCCCACAGUGCCCGAUUCACCCAGCUACACCGGUCCCACACGGGUGGGCAGCGAAGAGUGUGUUUUCUAUGCCGAUGACGCCUCGCCAAACCCCCUGGAUUUUGCCAAAGCUUCGCCCAAGCGGCUGAGCCUUCCCAACACCGCCUGGGGCGGCGGUGCCAUGGAGAUCUCUGUCUACCCCGGGGCUGGCCAGCACCUCUCCACUGAGGAAGAGGAGGACCAACAGUUGGCUGCCAACCGGCACAGCUUGGUGGAGAAGAUUGGCGAGCUGGUGGCUGGCGCCCACGCCCUGGGGGAAGGCCAGUUCCCCUUCCCCACCACCCUCGCGGGGUCUGGUCCCAGUGAGGAGACCCCUGCGCCCCCCCCAGCGGCCUCCAUGGACCCCCCGGCCGAAGACAUGCUGGUGGCCAUCCGGCGUGGGGUGCGCCUGCGCAGGACCGUCACCAACGACAGGUCGGCCCCGCGGAUAUCGUGAUGAUGCCCCAGGCAGUGGGGAUGUGCCCACCAUGGCUGAUGGAUCCCUCUGGGGGCACCCGCUGCACCUCCCUGGGAGCACACCCACCCACCAGCACCCGCCGCCCCCUUGCUGCCCCCUGCUUUCUGCUCCUCUGUCUCCUCCUUCCCUUCCCUCCUGGCCCUUUCCUUACGUCUUUUAUUCACUUGUUCUCUCUCUCGGGUUUUUCCGCCCCUUUUCUCUUUUUCUUUUUUCUCUUUUCUCAUUUUCUCUUACUCUUCUCUUAUUCUUUUUAUAUUUGUCUCUUUCUUCUUUUCUUCGUUUUUCUCCUUUUCUUUAUUCUCUUUUUCUUCUCUUUUACUCUCUUUCUGUUUUCUUCUAUUCUUUUAACCUUUCUCUUACUUUUUUCUCUUCUUUUUCCUCUCUUUUUUCCUCUUUUUCUCCUUUCCUUUUUUCUCUUCCCUUUUUCCUCUCUUUUCCUUUAUUUGUUGUUUCAUUUUCUCCUCUCUUUUUUCCUCUUCUCUCUCUGUUUCUCUUUUUCCCCUCCCUUUUCUGCCCCCCUCGCCCUCCCCAGGGGCAGGCAGGUGUCCCCAGCCCCAGCAAGAGGGGACGGUGCCAGCGGGGCCAUGGCAGGAGCAGCACCAGGAGUGGGGGGUCCCUGUCCCCAUCCACCCCCAACUGCCUGCUUGUGGCCAGCACAGCUCAGCCACAUUUCAGGGGUCAGGAGCAGCAGGGAGGGGGCUGAGGGGGUAGUAUGGUGGGCGGGAGGGGGGACACAGUACAGCCCCCUCCAAUUUGGGGGAACACAGGGAUGCAGUGGCCAAGGAAGCCGAUCCUCCUCUUCGCCCCACCAGGGAUUACUGGGGACCCCCUCCAGUCCCCCCAAACCCCGUCCCUUUCCCUCAGCACCCACAGACUCUGCGCAGGGUUCUGCUGAGGGGGGGUUUCUGGGGGAUGGGGGGUUCACCCAGGCCCCCCCAAACCGAAGCAGCUGAUUUCUGCCAGUGGCUGGAGGAAAGCACAACCCCCGGCCCCCCCACUGUACAUAGCCCCACCACCCCCCCGCUGUCUGUCGCAUCGCAGCCCCCACCCACCCUUCCCCUUAGGAAUAACGAUUUAGUUCGCCCCACACCCCUUCGCUGCCCAGAACCGCUGAUGCCAAGUGACAAAUGUUUGGGUUUGGGGGGUGGGGGGGUGGGAGUGUCUCUUAUUUUGUACAGAAAACAAAAAUUCCUUGGAAAAGAAAAAAAAGCCAACCUGUCUUUCAACUGAAGUAACUUUUCUGGUGCUGUUGUUAACUUGGUCCUUUUUUUUUUUUUCUGUUUGUUUUAAUUUAUUUCCCCUCCGUGCUCCUGCCUCUGCCGCCGCUUCCCCCCACCCCAUCCCUCUGCCACAUUUCUUUCUCUUUCUUCCAUUCCCUCUUUUCUUUUAAUUUUUUUUAAUGGUAAUUCCCCUCUUUCCCACCUGCCUCCCGAUUUUCAUAGUCACUGCUACAAGUAACGAAUGCACUGUGAAGAUUCCAGUAUUAAUAAAGGUUGUACUGUAAUAUAA